AAAAAAUUAUCUUUGCAUGAGUAUUGGUCAACUGAUCCUCUAAUAAAUUCUCCUAUUUUUGGACAAUGCAUGUCAAGAGAUUACAUUUUGGCAAUCGAUAUAUAGACAUUUGCAUUUCAGCAACAACAACGAAGCUUCAAAGCAUGAUCGUCUUUUCAAAAUUAGAAAUGUGUUAGAAAAAGUCAAAGAAAGAUUUAAGAAUGCAAUGUAUCCAUUUGAGUCUCUUGUUAUUGACGAAAGUUUGGUACUUUUCAAAGGACGCCUUGUAUUUAAACAAUACAUAAAAUCGAAGAGGCAUCGUUUCGGAAUCAAGUUGUAUGUCUUGUGCGACUGCGAGACAGGCUACAUUCUAGAUUUUAUUAUUUAUAUUGGAAAGGAGACAGAUAUUGACACCGAAACUAAUCCUCUUUUGGGAAUUACAGGUGCAGUUGUAAUUAAAUUGUUGACGCCAUACCUAGAUAAAGGACAUUCCCUCUAUCUAUACCGAUAAUUUCUACACGAUCUUUGUUUCUGCUCAAUAGAAAAACGAAGACCUGUGGAACAGUGCGACAAAAUCGGAGAGGUAUGCCAGAUCUAAAGAAAAAAUUGAAUAAAGGGGAGACGGUAUGGAAAAGCACUGAGAAAUUAUUAGCCUUGAAAUGGAAGGACCGCAGGGAUGUAACCAUGCUUUUUACAAUGCAUGAAAACCAAAUAGUUACUCUUCCUAAACUGGACCGUAAAUCUGGAGAUAAUAUAAAGAAGCCCUUGUGCGUGUUAGACUAUAAUGCACAAAUUGGAGCUGUUGAUCGAUCGGAUAUGCUAAUAAGCAGUAUAGAUUCUAUGAGAAAAAACGUCAAAUGGUACAAGAAAUUGUUUUUUCAUGUCUUGGACAUUUGUUUACUAAAUAGUCAUGCAUUAUUUUUGACACAAAAUGAGAAAAAGGUUCCGCUAGCUGUAUUUCAUAAGAAUGUUAUUCGUCAGUUAUUAGAAAGAGAUAGCCUUCAGCGUAAAGUGCCACCUCGUGUUUGCCAUAAUUUGAAAAGGAUUACAGACCGUCAUUUUCCUUCAUUGGUACCCAAAAAUCAAAGCGAGCUUUACGGCGCUGUAUGGUCUGUGCCAACACUACCACAGGAGUCAAAAAAAGAAAGGAAUCUCGAUACAUGUGCAAAGAGUGUAAUGUAGGUUUAUGUAUCGUACCUUGUUUCGAGAGAUAUCAUACAACCACCAAAUUUUGAGAGUUUUUGUGAAGUUCAGUCAGUCCAGUUUUCUGUAUCCAUUUUUAUUACAUUGAUUAUGAAAAAAGUGCCGUCUCGAAAGGGUUAAGACUUUGAAGAAAAAUAUUUUGCUAAUUUUACUUGGUAAUUCUACUACUACUAAGAAUAUAUUUCUAUUUAAGUUUUAGUACUCAUCAAUUUUUAUUAAAAGAGUCUGCCUCU